AGAGCAAAAUACUUGAAGAGAAAGUUCAGUUACAAAAGGAUUAUUUAUUACGAGAAACAAUUACCAAACAGAUUGAAAAAGAUCUGUUGAAUGAGUCGCAUAUAAGGAUCGAGAAUUUGGAAUCUGUAGCCAUCAGACAAAAGCGACCUUACAAGGAAGAGAUCGGAUCCGUUAUAUUUGAUGAUGAAGAGUUUACUAUUCCAUCAUUUAUCCUAACCAUUACAGUAGACUUAUCUACCCUGCUAAUUGAUACACAGGAUAAUGAUACUUUUGACAACAAAGUAUCAUGUGAAGCGUAUAUAAAG